UUCGCCAAAAUCAGAGGAAAAAUAAACUAUGUAGACAUGUUGAAAUAGACGUAGCCUAAUUUAAUGGUUGCCAAAAUUGAAUUGGCUUUAUGCCAAGUUUCUGGCAAGAUAUCCGUGCAGCGUUUAAUGUAAACUCGUGGGAUCAGGCGUUGUGUGAGUAGUUUCAAAUUGUGGUGGUUGGCUCUAUCCCGUGGGGGGAGUUCUGGGCGUUCUGUACGCGUGAAACUAGGCGGGACAAAUGAAAUGGUCCUCAAAUCAACGUAUUUUACUCACUUGGGUAGGACUACAGGGCAAAAGUCCUUUUGGCUCUCCUUUUACACCGUUAGUGUUGAAUUAGCUGAUCGGCUGGUUCCGAAAUUGCAUGGGGACAUUAACAACUUUUAAUUUUUUUUUCAAGAUAUUAGGAUUGUUUUGUCAGCCAAUAGCAAAGCACACGUUUAUUACCAAUGCCUUUAGCUGCUUGACUUUGCAAGGGGAUGCAAACAAGAAUUUGAGAGGGGCACAAAUGUAACCUGUGCUAUAGGUUGGAAAAUGUCGAGCACUUCACCGGAGUCCCAGUAUCUGAGACAUACAACUCAAACCACCACCUCUAAUCACAAGGGGAAUGUCUUUGCAGAGCCACAAGCACUGACAAAAACACCAAGGAAAGCAUCUACCCAAGGCACUGUGCUAACAGAGAUUCAAUCCAACAUGGGACCCCUUAUGACCCCAACUAAAGGAAGGGAGACUGGGACUGGUGAGCCUUGGACCCCAACCUCCAAUUUGAAAAUGCUGAUGAGCGCUGCCAGCCCUGAGAUCAGGAACAGAGAGAAAGAGCUGUGUAUGGACUCUGAGGGAGGGGAUGCCAUGGACCACGAGCUUGGAGAGGAAGGGGAGAAACAGAUCAGCAGAAAAGAGAAGAGUCUGGGUUUGCUCUGUCACAAGUUCCUGGCCCGCUACCCUGAUUAUCCCAACCCUGCCCUCAACAACGACAUCAGUCUGGAUGAUGUUGCCACAGAGCUUAAUGUGGAGCGCAGGCGCAUCUAUGACAUCAUGAAUGUGCUGGAGAGCUUGCACAUGGUCAGCCGGCUAGCCAAGAAUCGCUACACGUGGCAUGGGCGCGCUAACCUACCACAGACCCUGGCCAAGUUGCGGCAGGUGGGCGAGGAGCAUCGCUACGGGCAACAGAUGCAGCAGAUCCGCCAGCGCAGCCUGGAAAAGGAGUUGGACUCGGACGGUGAGGAGAAAGAGAACGAGGAGGUGGAGGGAGGAGAACAGGGCCAGAAGGAGAUGUUCUUUGUUGAGCUUCCUGGGGUGGAGUUUAAAGCAGCCUCAGUGAACAGCAGGAAGGACAAGUCUCUGAGGGUGAUGAGCCAGAAGUUUGUCAUGUUGUUCCUGGUGUCCACACCUCGGGUGGUCAGUUUGGAUGUGGCUGCCAGGAUCCUCAUUGGAGAGGACCAGGUGGCUGAUCAGGACAAGAGCAAGUUCAAGACUAAGGUCCGCAGGCUGUAUGAUAUAGCCAACGUGCUGCGGAGCCUGAAGCUGAUAGAGAAGGUCCAUGUGACAGAGGAGAAGGGGAGGAAGCCUGCCUUUGAAUGGACUGGCCCUGAGGACUUCCCCAGUGUGAAGGAGACCACUGCCACUACAGCGACUGCCAAGAGAAAACCAGAGUCUCGUACCUCCGUGGACAACUGUGCCAAAAAUCUCUUCUCCUCUCCGGGGAGUAAACGCAGCUUCACCCGCCACCCCUCCCUCAUCAAACUGGCCAAGAGCAUCCAGGAAGACCGGCGCAAGAUCAACUCAGCCCCCACCAGCCCUGUCAAGAAUGAUUCCUCGAGCAGUGAGUUCUUUCCCACCAAAAUGGCCCAACUAGCGGCCAUCUGUAAGUUCCAGCUUGACCAGCAAUCAAACAAGGUUGUUGACAGGACACCGAAGUCUGCCGUUACUGUGACUGAGGCACUGCCAGCUCAUCAACAGAAAGCUGCUAAAAAGCCAGGAGCUCCACAGCCCCCAGUAUUAACACCCACAGAAGCCUGUGCCAGCACUGUCCACCUCACCCCACGGGCACAGUUCACCCCCCAACCUACUGGGGCAAUGUCCUUCCACCCUGCCCAGUGUUCACCCCUCAUCCCUAUGCUGCUGCCCCAACACCAGGGAGGCGGUCCCUAUGCCAUCUACAUGCACCCCUCCUCCUUAAGGCCACACCCCCUAACCAGGCCUCAGCCAACCAGCCUCGCUGUGCGCUCUAUGACCUUCGAGGAUAAGACGGGGCGGAGCCCGAGUGAUGUCACAGUGCAAGGCCACUCGUCUGCUACGAACAAGCUGCCAACCAGCAGCCCCUCGGCAUUAAAACGUGUGUGUUCAGAGAGAACUUCAGAGGAAAGCCCCUCCAAGGCCAAGAGGAUUGACCCUAGCACCAGGGACACGUCUCCUAAGCUGUGUGAGAUCCUCCAGGCUCGUCUAAAGGCGCGUCGCGGGGGUCUCGUCUCCAGCCGUCCAUCACCCCGAGCCCUCCACCUGGACCCAGAGUUCGUCAACACCCCUGGGAGCUCAGUGGCCGUCGCAGCCAAUCAGACACUGGAGCAGAACCUGGAGACCUUCCUGGAGAAGGAGGAGAAGGUCGCAACCUCAGACAGCGAGGCAGGGCUCACGCCGGUCAGAGCUGUUCCACUGAACCCUCAACACCUACACACAGAGACUCUGAUCCCCACUGGCUACCUGAUCCCCAUCUCCCAGCAGUCACUCUUCAGCUACAAAGACCACAACACAGAGAGCAGCAAAGCCUUCACACCCACCUACAACAUCUACCACACACCCACCGCAGGCUCUAGACCUCCCCCGAUCCAGGAGUUCACCCCCACCAGCCUCCCCCUCCACCGGCCUCCCCCCUCCUCGCCCUUCUCUGCCCAGGGACACCGCUUCCCCAGCCCUGCCAUCCUCAACUUUACCCUGCAGAACCUGGGCCUCAUCCCUGGGCCUGGCUCUGUGCCCACUUACAGCCCUAGCACUUGCCACACCCCGGAGCACCCCAGCUCCAUGCCCAGCCCCCUGCCUCCCCACCUGGGCCUGCAUCAGAGGGGCGGCAUGGUGUUCGUUAAGCCCAUGUCCCCCGUGCCAGUCCAACAUCAGAUGACCGGCCCGGGCGGGCAACCACUCACGCUAAUCAGCCUACAGCAGAUGACCACGCCCAAAGGGACGGUCCUCCCCCAGCACAGUUUCUUCCACACCCCGCUGGCUACCGUGGUAACCACCAGCCAUGGACACACGGCGCCAGCGGGCACCAAAACCGUUUACAUCCCUCAGCGGAAGCUGGACGUCACCGCUGAGGACACCUAAAAACUAUGCUGCUACACAAACUUUCUGUAUGUGUGUGUGUGUGUGUGCGCGUCAGCCCUUCAACAUGUGUGUGUCUGCAUGUCUGCAUGGCUUUCUAUGGUCAGACUGUCGUAUUUUUUAAGGCGUACUGUAGGUUGAGUGGUUUUGUGUUUUAGGGUAUGUGAUGUUGCCAUAUGAGUUCAUCCAAAACUGGUCCAUAGGUUAUUCCAGCGUUUCCCACACUCAGUGCACGUUUUUUUUUUUUGUGUGCUAGUACUACACGACUGAUUCCAAUUAUUAAAGCUUGACGAUUAGUUGAUUAUUUGAAUCAGCUGUGUAUUGCUAGGGCAAAAACCAAAACGUGCAGCCCUUGGGGUCCUGAGGACAGUUUCAGAAACCCUGGUUUAUUCCAUUUCUACAGGGGAAGACAAAGUAUGUGAACAUGGUAUGGAAUCUCUACAGAAACAGCUGCGAGUCACCAUCAUCACAGCUAGCUCCAAAUAUAACUGAUGGCGAGACCAGCCUUGGUAAAUACUCUUAACCCUGGGGCUUGAUACACGAUAUGCUGGAUAUUACUGUGUAAUACUAUAAUACUACAACAUACUUUUGAUACUGGUGUAUAUGUAUGGAAAUAUGAUUAGGGCUCACCGGUAGGUAUUAAACUGGCGAGAGGUGCUUUCUGUGUCUGCGAGGGGUGCUUUCUGUGUCUGAAUACUAAAUAGUGAAACUGUCUGUCUUUAGGUUUUAAGGGGUUGUUUGCCAAAAUGUAAUACGCUGGCUGAGUAUUUCAACAUUUCUCAACGAGAAGUUGUAUUGAAGUCCCAUUACAUCAUCAACGUGCCAUAGAGAACACCAACCUAACCCCAGUUCACUGGGAGGACAUUAAUACAUGACAGCGGAACUUUAAUGACUGAAAUAGAAACAUUUGAUUGAAACGUAUUGUAGAUGAACUGUUUUUGUAUGUGUCAAAUUGGUAAGACUACAAUUUUGCACAUUGUACAUGCUAACUGUUACCCUUCAAAAGCUGAACUGUAUGUGAUUAAAAUGGAAGGGGUGAAUGUUUUUUGAUGGGAUUCCUACCUUAGGCUAAUCAGGUAAUUGAAAUCAGAUCUUAAUGCAUAAGGAAUGGACUUUAAGCAUCCUUGUAUAUAAAAUGGUAAACUAUUAAUAUUGUUAAA